AUGCCUUCAGUUUCUAGUCGCUCCGGCUACCACGAUCAGACUCGUCCUUCCAUCAACGUCAUAUGUCCUACUGGCGAAACUGGAGUUGCUGAUGAGGUCGCGGUCACUUCAUCCUCGUCCACGUCCUACUUGUCGUCCGAGUCGUCGAGAGCAAGAGAAUUCCCCGUUGAAACACAUCCAGUACCGCCAGCUAUGGCAGCGAUCACCAAUGCCGGAACUCCCCAGAGUUACUCUGCGUUCACCAAGGACCAGAAACGCUUUAUCGUGACCAUGGUCACACUCGCUUCUUUCUUCUCCCCUCUCUCCGGCCAAAUCUACUAUCCAGUCAUGCCAACCCUCGCCCAGAACUACCACCUUACCAAUGCCCUCAUCAACCUAACCAUAACCACCUACAUGAUCCUACAAGGUCUUGCACCAACAUUUCUAGGUACCUUCGCCGAUACCUGUGGCCGACGCCCCGCAUACAUCCUGGCCUUCACCAUCUACACCGCAGCAAAUAUCGGUCUCGCCUUGCAGAACAGCUACGCGGCUCUCAUGGUCCUACGGUGCAUCCAGAGUGCGGGAUCCAGUGGCACAAUCUCCUUUGGAUACGGGGUUAUUGCUGAUAUUGCAACGCCAGCGGAACGCGGCUCUUAUAUUGGACCUAUGGCUGCUGGGGUUAUGCUUGCUCCGGCACUGGGCCCUGUUAUUGGGGGGCUUCUUGCGAAGUUGUUGGGCUGGCGGAGUGUCUUUUGGUUUCUGGUUAUUGUCUCUGGGGGUUAUUUGGUUGCUUAUGUUCUCCUUGUGCCGGAGACCGCGAGGUGUAUUGUUGGGGAUGGGAGCGUUUUGCCGAAGGAGGCGUGGAGGAGGUCUGGAAUUCAGUUGUGGCAAAAGAGGAAGAAGGAGAAGCAGACGGUUAUUCAUGGUGUCGGUGUCGACAAUGGGGGUGGUGCUGCACAAAACACUUUGAAUGGUGGUUUAGUGGCAACAGCGACAGCAAGAGCUUCAAACCUACGCUUUCCUAACCCACUGAUGUCUUUUGCUAUCUUGCUGGAACCGGACGCUCUUAUCUUGAUAUCGUCUAUCGGCCUUCUGAUGCUUGCCAACAUUGCCUUGCUCACUAGCACUCCGGCUCUUUUCUCGGAGAUAUAUGGCUUCAACACCCUGCAGAUCGGAUUAUGUUUCCUUCCCCUCGGCAUCGGGGCCUCUCUCGGCGCAAUUUUCAACGGCCGCUUUCUCGACCGGAACUUCCGCCGGUAUGCUGCAUCCCUGAGCCUUCAAGUUAACCCGUCUCAGUCAAUUUCGCUCCAGAACUUCCCCAUCGAGCACGCCCGCCUUCAGCCCUUCUUCCCCCUUAUCCUGUUGACAGUUGCCGCAACAGCCCCUUAUGGCUUCGCCCUACAAGAGCGGGUUCACCUUUCCGCUCCCCUCAUCUUGCAAUUCCUCAACGGAUUCGCGACGAUUGCUUGCACAAACACGCUCAAUACACUACUUGUUGAUCUGUUCCCCGAAUGCCCUGCUACCGCGGCGUCGGCAUGCAACCUUGUCCGGUGCUGGCUUGGGGCUCUGGGAGCGGCAAUUGUGGACCAUAUGCUUCGAGAGAUGGGCUGGGACUGGUGUUUUGUGUUUAUGAGCGGGAUGAUGUUGGCCAGUGCUGGGUUGGUUUGGACGGAAUAUAGCUGGGGCGUGGAGUGGAGGGAGGCGAGGAGGGUUAGGCGUGCUAUUGAUACUGAGCGGGAGCUUGAGAUACAGGCUCUGGGGCGAGGGGAUGUUGUGAAAGAUUCAGAGAGAGAUGAGAGGGACACUGGUCCUGGCACUUAA